AGCACCUGCAGGUUGGUGUGUGAGCGAAAUAUUUUCCCUGGACGGAGUUCAAACUUUGAAGGGAAAGAGAAGAAGGGAAAAAAAAAGACGGAGGCAGCGGCAUUACGCCAUUCUUGCCUCUCUUGGAAAAAAAAGUGGGAUUUAAAGAAGUUUCUUACAAGAUAUCCAGCAGAGUCGUGCCGUGGAGUGUUUAAAGCAAGUCUCUGCCUUUUUUUUUUCUUGGAUUUCUGCACCAUUUUUUUUUAAUUGUUUUUUUUUAUCACACACAGGAUCCCUGCAGCACUAUGGUUCUUACAGAUGACGGAUGGGAGAAUAAAGGCUUGCAGGAUGUGUUUCUUCAACUUGUAAAACUCCGCUAUAGUCCACAUCUUUGCUUUUACAACCUUGCAUAUGUCUGUGGCCUGUUUCAGACGGGAGAAGCGCUUUUUAUCCCUUUCACCUCUGGCAGCAGAGCGCAGAGAAAACUCAGAGGAUGAAAGACUCGGACCGAACAGGACCGCUGCUGCCUCUUCUUUUUCUAAUCUAAACCGGGUCCUUCUCGCUCUGAAAACAUACUGCGCUUUGUUACAAUGACGGCCUGGCAAAAGGCACACGGGCUUUAGGAUGAAUGUCGCGACGCGUCUCUCUCUUCUGCUGAGCUGCUGGACUCUGCUGCUCCACCUGCGUCCCGCGCUCGGGUCCCUCGGCCGAACCAGACCCGCGGAGCAGCAACACCAGCGGCUCGGAGAGGCAGCGGGGCGCGGGGAAGGACAGCAGACCCACGGAGGAACCGGCAGAGGGACCGGCGGGUCCGCACCAGUGUGGAAACCCUCUCCGGCGGUGCGGAUCACGCGGAUCCGCGCGGGUCCGCCGUUAAUCAAAGGCGAAACGACCGUUUUCAAAGGCAAGCUCGCGACCCCUGCGUCCUUUUCGGCGCCGGGGAACCGCGCACAGCUGCAGAAGCUGCAGCAGCAGCAGCAGCAGCAGCCACGGGACAGAGCAGUCAGCGUAGGACGCAAAGACGCUGCUGUGCGCUCCUGGCUCCCCGGCGGGGAUGCUCACAUUAAAGCGCACGCUCCCGCGGCUCUUAGCGCGCACGCUGCAGGCAGAGAAGUCGAGACUACGGCUGUUCUUGUUGGAGGUGGCUCACCGGAGAAGACACCGGGGAAAGUUGCUACAAGGGCGAGUGAAGUAGCUCCGAGAGCCGUCAGUGCGCAAAGACAGCCACCGCAGAAGCAGACCGCGGGUCCGCAGGCGCAGCGGGGAUUCAGCAGCAAAGCUCAGAAGGUCAAGGAGCAGGACGCGCAUCCCAAGCAGCCGCUGGUUACCCCUCACGACUACAUGCUGUCUCUGUACUGGUCUCUGUCCACCGGGGAGCUGAACGGCAGCGCGCUGCACGAAGCGGGACUGGCCAACACCAUCACCAGCUUCGUGGAUAAAGGACAAGAUGAACGUGGGCCCCAGCUGAGACGGCAGAGGUAUCACUUCAAUGUCAGUUCUCUGGAACGAGACGGGCUCCUGGGGGCCGAGCUGCGCAUCCUGAGGAAGCGCCCAUCUGACCUCCGCAGGAUCUCAAUGGGGGGAUCCACAGCCGCUGACGGAGCGGGGGGAGGAAUAAUGUCAUCCCCGUCCCUGAAGCUGUACACCUGCGCGUCGGGUAAACAACCGGCUGUCCUGCUCCAGACGAAGACCAUGGAGGAUGUGCUCGGCGGAGGCGGUUUCGGCAACAAAUGGGAAGUGUUUGACAUCUGGAAAGUCUUCAAGGGCUUUAAAACCCAGCAGAACCAGCACUCCCAGCAGCUGUGCUUCGAACUGGAGGCCUUGGACCACAGGGGCGGUCGCCCCAUGGACCUGCGCACUCUGGGGUUCGCCCGGCCCGGCAGGACCAACAAGGAAAAGGCCUUCUUCCUUGCAUUUGGCAAAAGCAAGAAGCGCGACCUUUUCUACAACGAGAUCAAAGCGCGGUCAGGCCAUGACAACAAAACCGUCUACGAAUACCUGUUCACCCAGCGGCGAAUGCGCCGAGCUCCGCCUGCAAGGGGGGCUAAAAAACUGCAGCAGCCGCCGCAGCAGCCGCCACCGCCGCCGCUGCACACCCUGCCCCAACAUCAGGCGGUGAAGACGCAGACGAGGCCGCGGUGCCACCGCAGACGACUCCACGUGAACUUCAAGGAGAUGGGCUGGGACGACUGGAUCAUCGCGCCGCUGGAGUACGAAGCGUUUCACUGCGACGGCGUCUGCGACUUCCCCAUCCGCUCGCACCUGGAGCCGACCAACCACGCCAUCAUACAGACCCUGAUGAACUCGAUGGACCCGGAAUCGACGCCGCCGACCUGCUGCGUCCCGACGCGACUCAGCCCGAUCAGCAUCCUCUACAUCGACUCGGCCAACAACGUCGUCUACAAGCAGUACGAGGACAUGGUGGUGGAGUCGUGCGGUUGCAGGUAGCCAUAGAUAUAAAUACGUAGAUACCGCCUUCGGUUGUGUGAGAUGCGUCUGUGCCGCCGCCGCCAUUUCGGGACGGAUGUCUGACACGCUUGACCAUAAAGACUCAUAGAAAAUAAAAGACUUUUGUGCUGCUUUUGGAUGCUCAUGCAAAAGAAACGCCAAACUAAAGUAACAUGGAAGAAUAUUUCACAAAAGGUGUUUUACAAUAUUUAACAGUUACGAACAUGUGAAUUUGGGUAGUAUCCUACAUAAACUAAAGUGACUGUCCUUAUUGUCAUGGCUUAAAGCUGCGUACUGUUAUUAUCUACACAAGAUAAGGUAUUUUGGUAUGAAAACCCACAUUUUUAAUUUAACAAAGUAUUUUGUAUCAUAGAUACAUACCUGGUUGGAAAUUCAGCGAGAAAUUAUGAUUUUAAGUGCAUAGACCUUCUGCCUUGAUAGACAUACUGUAUAUGCAUUACGAGGCGCAGCAUGUAGGUCCCAACAUGGCGGCCAAUGCGGUAUCUACGUAGAUAUAUCAAUAUAUAUAUAUAUAUAUAUAUAUAUAUAUAUAUAUAUAUAUCUGGCAGGUAGCAAAGAAAUGUGGGACAAAGAGCGAGAAACGGAGAAAGAAAGUCAGUUUCUGCCCUUCAGUAUUGAGGGAAGAUAGUUGAUCAAACCUAAAAUGGGAAGAUCAACACUGAGCAAAGCGUUCCUUUUUCAGCCGACUGAGACCGAACUCCCUGCUUUGCAACAGACAUUACUCUUCACGCUCAAGUGGACUAUCAGACUGCAUACCAAAGGCUGUUACACACUGUUAAAGACUAAACAGACAAAGAUGAACUCACGGAGGUGAUGCUCUUUACCGCCCACUCACAAAAACUUGUUAGUAAUGUUGAUGUUGGUUGCGAUGAGCGAAGAUUAAUCUGAGAGAAGCCAAAAACAACCAAAGACACUUUUGGAAUAAAGGGUAACUUCAUUUUUCUUUCAACCUGGACCCUAAUUUCCUAUGUUUUUGUGUGUAAGUGACUGAUGAGAACCAAACUCUUUGAAAUUGGUCCAGUAUUGAGCCAGAACACUGUAACCGGCAGCUGUGGACCAUACUGAAAUGUAACCCUAUAGGAUAAAUGUCCAGCGUCGGUUAGCGUCCACUAAAAGUUCUGUUUUUUGCCGCUGACAGACUCAGAUUAU